CCUCGGGGCGUUGGAGCACCGCUCUAGGUGCGCCUGCCUGGGACGCCCCGGCUCCAAGCCCAGCAGCCUGGGGAAUCCAACGCCGAGGUCCGAGACUGCAGGACCCGGAGCCGCAAGAAGAGACGAACAAAUAGUCCCCAGCGCCUCCUCCGGCUGCACUUUAGGCCCGUGGCUUUUGCAGCCUCAGCCGGCCGGACUGGACCGGGCCGAGCGUCCGGGGACCAAGAGGAAAGCAGCCCCCAGUUUAGCGGACUGAUUUACUCCCGGUAUUGGUAAAUAUGAUCACGUGGGCCGCGCGACCAAUGGUGGAGGCUGCAGCCUGCGAACUAGUCGGCGGCUCGGGCGCCGGCGGGGAGCGGCUCGGCGGUGGGCAGAGUAACCUUGGGUGGGAGCGUGCCGGCGCCUCCGGAUGUCGUCCAGUGGCACCCUCAGCAACUACUACGUGGACUCGCUCAUAGGCCAUGAGGGCGACGACGUGUUCGCCGCCCGCUUCGGGCCACCGGGGCCCGGAGCGCAGGGCCGGCCUGCAGGUGUGGCCGACAGCCCGGCCACCGCCGCCGCCGCCGCCGCCGCCGCCGCCGAGUUCGCCUCGUGUAGUUUUGCCCCCAAAUCGGCCGUGUUCUCCGCCUCGUGGUCCGCAGUGCCCGCCCAGCCCCCGGCGGCCAUGAGCGGCCUGUACCACCCGUACGUGCCCCCGCCGCCCCUGGCCGCCGCCGCCGCCGCCCCGGAGCCCGGCCGCUACGUGCGCUCCUGGAUGGAGCCGCUGCCCGGCUUCCCCGGGGGCGCGGGUGGAGGUGGAGGCGGCGGCCCGGGACCCGGUCCCAACCCCGGCCCCGGAGGACCAGCCAACGGGCGCCACUACGGGAUUAAGCCUGAAACCGGAGCGGUCCCGGCUCCCGCCGCCGUCUCCACCACCUCCUCCUCCACGUCCUCGUCCUCCUCCUCCUCGUCGUCCUCCUCCUCCUCCUCGUCGUCGUCCUCUUCUUCCAAACGGACUGAGUGCGCUGCGGCCCAGGAGUCCCAGGGGAGCGGCGGCCCCGAGUUCCCGUGCAACCCGUUCCUGCGGGACAAGGCGGCGACGGUGGCGGCGGGGGGAAGAGGGCCCGGGGUGGUGGGGAUCGGGGCCGGGGCCGGGGCGGGAGGCUCGUCGGAGCCCUCGGCAGGCAGCGAGCAUCCAAGCCCCGGCUGCCCGCUGAAGGAGGAGGAGAGGCAGCAGCCGCCGCCGCCGCCGCAGCAACUUGACCCAAACAACCCCGCAGCGAACUGGAUCCACGCUCGCUCCACCCGGAAAAAGCGCUGUCCCUACACCAAAUAUCAGACGCUGGAACUGGAGAAGGAAUUCCUCUUCAACAUGUACCUCACCCGGGACCGGCGCUACGAAGUGGCAAGGAUUCUGAACCUCACAGAGAGACAGGUCAAAAUCUGGUUCCAGAACCGCAGGAUGAAAAUGAAAAAGAUGAGCAAGGAGAAAUGCUCCAAAGGAGACUGACCGGCGGGAGGCACCGGCGGCGGCAGGCAGAGCUCAAGGGCAGCAGGGGGUUUUGUUUUGUUUUGUUUUGUUUUCUUUGUGGGUGUUUGAUUAUCACAAACUCUCCAGCAACUCGGACUUUUUCAUCCUCUUUAGGUAGAAGUGACUGUGUGGUUGGUCUCUGUGAGUUAUUUGGGGGACUCUGUAUUUGCUCGCUUAUGUGUUCGAGAAACCAAGUGGCUUUGGACUUUCGCCCUAUUCCACUCCCUCUCCCAAUCUGGUUCCUAGGAAAUGCUACAUUUUGUGAGUGCACGCUGGCUUGAUGAGCCCUCUCCUAUGUAAAUGCUCCCCUCCCCAUGUUUCUGCAAAAUAUUGUAGUUUAGUCUCCCUUUCUCCAGCACCUCCCAAACAGGUUCAACCACUCCAAUCCAAUUCCGAAAAUUCGAAGGUAGAAUGAAACAGUGGACACCCGUUCUUCUCUCACAGUCAAUGCCCAUCCCAGCAGCACAUGGGUCCGGUCAGAAAGCCCUUUUUCCUCAGGGAGACUUCGGGGGCCCAUUUUGAGUGAGGCCUAGAGAGGAGCCCAGGGCCUAGGAUGGGUUGGGGGUUAGUUCUCUGUGCCCUAGAAGAGCUGCUGUCCCCACCCGCAGGGCUGGACUCUAGUGGGCAGCCUCAGGUGGUAGCCUUUCAGAUUUCUACCUGAGGAUCAGUUGUAAAUGUUACCGCUUCCUACCAAUAAAUGCUGACCUGAUGAAAUGGA